CGGCAACUCCCGCAAGGAAAAAGAAAAAUACAGGGCAUCUGUCCCGAACUCAUGCAUACCAUAUUCUUAAGUAAGUGCCUUAAGUGAGGAAAAUAUCUGUAGAUUUUGUCCAUUUAGAAAAAAAAAUCUGAAAAUCUGAAACGAGGUCUGAAAUCUGUAGAACCUCAGGAAAAUCUGUGGAUCUGGCAACACUGCCACAGCCUGCAAGCCCGCCAAAUCCCCAACAAGAACAGGAAGACGUUGUGCUGUGCUUAGCGGCGGCUUGCCUAGCCAAGAUCAAGCAAAGAAGAAGGAGGAAGUGUCUCUGGAGUCGUCAGUGGCUCCAGAGAAGGACAGAAGGGAGUGUCACUAAGAUUGCUGAGGGAGCUGCGGGAAGAGGACCAAGUUACGCUCACGCAGCGGACAAGAUUGAACCAGCAGCAGUUCCAAGAUCUUUUGGCCCUGGUCACCCCUCUUAUCAAGAAGGAAGACAAACGUGCGCCAAGCAGUUACUCCUGCUGAACGUCUUACUCUGACUCAACGAUAUUUACCAACAGGCGUCCAGGCUGGAUGGUCUUCUGGGCUCUGACGUGACUCCUUCUGGCUGGCUUCCACGAGGGUUCCUGCAGGAUCGGCCGUGGCGUAUGCUGCUGGCAGCAGUGCUACAGUGGAGGGGUGAGGCCAGGAAGCAGCAUGAGUGAGCAGCAGCAGCAGCAGUCUGCGUCAGAUGUGGGGAGGCGCAGGUGUGAUGGCAAGAAUCACCUGGAGGCAGGCAGCGCUGUCCACAGAGCAGAGAGCAAGUUUGGGUGUCAGCAGUGUGAUAAAACUUUUAGAUCCAAACAAGGGCUUAGGCAACACACCCUGACACACAAUGGUGUUAAAAAUUAUGAGCAUCUGGAAUGUGGAAAGAAACUUAACAAACAGUCUCACCUCAACACACACACUCUGACACACAGUGGUGUUAGAAAUUAUGAGUGUCUUGAAUGUGGGAAGAAAUUUACCACAAAGUCUGUCCUCAACAAACACACCCUGAGACACAGUGGUGUUAGAAAUUAUGAGUGUCUGGAAUGUGGAAAGAAAUUUACCACAAAGUCUCACCUCACCACACACAACCUGAGACACAGUGGUAUUAAAAAUUAUGAGUGUCUGGAAUGUGGAAAGAAAUUUACCACAAAGUCUGACCUCAGUGGACAUGCCCUGACACACAGUGGUGUUAGAAAUUGUGAGUGUCUAAAAUGUGGAAAGAAAUUUCCCAGGAAGUCUGACCUCACCACACACACCCUGACACACAGUGGUGUUAGAAAUUAUGAGUGUCUUGAAUGUGGGAAAAAAUUUACCACAAAGUCUGUCCUCAACAAACACACCCUGACACACAGUGGUGUUAGAAAUUAUGAGUGUCUGGAAUGUGGAAAGAAAUUUACCACAAAGUCUGUCCUCAACAAACACACCCUGACACACAGUGGUGUUAGAAAUUAUGAGUGUCUGGAAUGUGGAAAGAAAUUUACUACAAAGUCUCACCUCACCACACACACCCUGACACACAGUGGUGUUAGAAAUUAUGAGUGUCUGGAAUGUGGAAAGAAAUUUACUACAAAGUCUCACCUCACCACACACAACCUGAGACACAGUGGUAUUAAAAAUUAUGAGUGUCUGGAAUGUGGAAAGAAAUUUACCACAAAGUCUGACCUCAGUGGACAUGCCCUGACACACAGUGGUGUUAGAAAUUAUGAGUGUCUUGAAUGUGGGAAGAAAUUUCCCACAAAGUCUGUCCUCAACAAACACACCCUGAUACACAAUGGUGUUAGAAAUUAUGAGUGUCUGGAAUGUGGAAAGAAAUUUACCACAAAGUCUGACCUCAAUGGACAUGCCCUGUCACACAGUGGUGUUAGAAAUUAUGAGUGUCUGGAAUGUGGAAAGAAAUUUACCACAAAGUCUCACCUCACCACACACAACCUGAGACACAGUGGUAUUAAAAAUUAUGAGUGUCUGGAAUGUGGAAAGAAAUUUACCACAAAGUCUGACCUCAAGGGACAUGCCCUGACACACAGUGGUGUUAGAAAUUGUGAGUGUCUAAAAUGUGGAAAGAAAUUUCCCAGGAAGUCUGACCUCAGUAGACACACCCUGACACACAGUGGUGUUAGAAAUUAUGAGUGUCUGGAAUGUGGAAAGAAACUUACCACAAAGUCUAACCUCACCGCACACACCCUGAUACACAGUGGUGUUAAAAAUUAUGAGUGUCUGCAAUGUGGAAAGAAAUUUACCCAACAUUCUAGCCUCACCACACACAUCCUGACACACAGUGGUGUCAGAAAUUAUGAGUGUGUGGAAUGUGGAAAGAAAUUUAUCAGAAAGUCUAGCCUCACCAGACACAUCCUGAUACACAGUGGUGUUAAAAAUUAUGAGUGUCUGCAAUGUGGAAAGAAAUUUACCACAAAGUCUAGCCUCACCACACACAUCCUGAGACACAGUGGUGUUAGAAAUUAUGAGUGUCUGGAAUGUGGAAAGAAAUUUACCACAAAGUCUAGCCUCACCACACACACCCUGACACACAGUGGUGUUAAAAAUUAUGAGUGUCUGGAAUGUGGAAAGAAACUUGCCACAAAGGUUAGCCUCACCACACACACCCUGACACACAGUGGUGUUAGAAAUUAUGAGUGUCUGGAAUGUGGAAAGAAAUCUGUCACAAAGUCUUACCUCAACAAACACACCUUGACACACAGUGGUGUUAAAAAUUAUGAGUGUCUGGAAUGUGGAAAGAAAUUUAUCACAAAGUCUUACCUCAGUAGACACACCCUGAUACACAGUGGUGUUAAAAAUUAUGAGUGUGAGGAGUGUGGCAAAAGAUUUCUUACCCAUUCUCAGCUCAAUAAACAUGCCUUCAGACACACUGGCUUGAGGGAGUUCAAGUGUGAUGUUUGUGGGAAGUGUUUCAAGACAAGGGAUGACAUUGCCAGGCACGUGAGGAUCCACUUUUGAGGUGGUGUGUUGCGAGGACCAGCGGGAUCAAACCCAUGCCUGUAGGAGUGUGUGGGGUGUGGGAUUGUGUGGCAGUGGUGGGCGGUGUGUUGUCUGUGGCGGCAGCCGUGCCCUUGUGUGCUGUGAGGGAGUAAUCAUGUGCCUGUGACUAAUUUUUGUGAGUUGUUUCUUUUCAACUUUGUAUUUCAGGUAAAGACUAACUUAAAAGUUUUGUUAAUGGUAUCCGGUAAAUUGCUCGAAAUCAAUUGCUCGACAGUAAAUUGCUCGAAAUCAAUUUCUCGAAAAAUAAUUUCUUGAACUGUCAUUGCUCGAAAGGCAAAUUGCUCGAAAACAGAAUAAAAAAAAGAUAAAAUAAUACUUUAUUGUUGUUAAUUGGACAGUUAAAAACACGAAUGGGUACAUUUAAAAAUUUUUAAAAAUCAAAAAAUUAAAACUAAAAAAAUUAUUGCAAAUAUUUACUCUAUUAGUAUGAAAUAUUGUAUGCUAUACUUCUUAGAUAUUCUUCUACAUUGUCUGUUGUGUCAUAGUUUGAUACAAUAUUCUUUAAUCGCAUUGCGGUGUCACAGUACUUUUUUCUGCCCUCAGCUGCACUCACUCCUCCCACAUAUUGUUCUAUUCGCAAUUCUUGUAAACUUUGUUCUCUCUUUAGUCCAUCAAUAAAUUUCCAAACAGACGGAUGAAGAGCACCUAUUUGAUGUUCAAAACUGUUGUGCCAUCCUUCAAUUGCAUUGUUUGUUUUUGACAGUCCUUCUACAACAUUAUCAAAACAGUUCCACAUUUCAUGUUUAAAUAAAGGAGCACGUCUACGGCUGCGUCUACACAGCUGCCCAAUCCAUGUGUCUUCAAAAUAAUCCACAACUCCUUGAAGCUGAUCCGGAAAAAUUUCAUUUUCAACUAUAAAUUCAAAUGUUUCCACAACUUUGGGUACAGGUAUAAAUGCCAACGCAGAUAAACGACGAACUUUAAGAGCAAAUUCAGCAUUGGUGUCGUACAUUUUCUUAAGGCCACUUGCUUGAAUUUUUCAAUAAAGGCUUUGGCAAAAAUGAAAAAAACAGUCACUACACCUAGACAUUGGAAAUUCUUGUUCUAUUGUUUUAACCAUGGCAAGUUCAAAAUCAAUCAUUAUUGUUAAUGGCUGUAAUGUAGGGAUUCUUUCUUUAAGAGCCUUCAGGAACCUAUAGGUUUCUUCAGUUUUGUUAGGUAACAGUGCAUAUACAAGAGGUAAUAUUUUACCUGACUUCAAGCCAUGUAUUGUAUACAUUUGACCAAAAAUCAAAGGCACAGUUUUAAAAGUUCCAUCAAGGAACCAGUGCUCCGAACGUGCCAAGAUAUCGAGAUUGCUUUGGGUUGUAAAAAUUAAAAUACGAUCAUUUGUAGGACCAGAGUCAUAAAUAAGGAAUAAAUCCCCUUUGAUGGUUUUGGUAAACUCUUCUGGGAUGUUAAGAUCGAGGUAGCUAUUAGGCAAAGCAGGUCCAGCAUUUUCCCUUGCGCAUAUAUUACGUAUGGUUCUUUUCAUAUUUGGUACUGAAGGGAGCUGCACCGCUGCAGCAGGACUUUUUUCAUUGAAGCACAUGAUACAAUAUAAUGUUGUGUAUCUUGACUAUUUAUUGCAUGUUCUUUCACUUUCUCCAUGGCUUUAGCGGCUUCAAUUUUAGCGGCAUCUCCUCCAUGGUUGUGAUUCCCGUUUCGUUUCUGGAUACUAUCAUGGACUGUGAUAACACGUGCUGACCAUUUCUUUUUUUUGCACAUUUCACAUUUCCAGUAAAUCUUAUUGUUCACUGUUUUGUCUUUGAUAUAAAGAUAUCCAUCCAAACAUAACUUCUUUCCUUUUUCACUCUCAACAAAAGUUAUGUCCAUUUCUAGGGUUCAAGAUCUAGAAAAUAACUGAAAUAGAAAUAGAAAACAAAUAUAAGAAAGAAUCAGGAAAAUCGUCAGUAGUAUUAUAGGUCGAGUGAAUAUCAAUAAUAGACAAUCCAGUGACAAGUAUUAACACUUAAGGGAAUACUGUAAGACAAGCCUAAUGACAAUGGAUAUGGUUGCAAUGGGGAGAAAGGAAGAAAGGGGGAACCACACGUACAGAAAGUAGCCCUGCCACCGUGUGUUAAGCCAGCCAAGAGACCUGUCGUGAGACGGCGCAGCUGACGUAAUGCUUUGUGCUUCGAAAUUAUUUCGAGUAAUCUGCCUUUCGAGACGUGAGACGGCGCAGCUGACGUGGUGCUUCGAGCUUCAAAAUUAUUUCGAGCAAUCUGCCUUUCAAGCAAUUGACAGUUCGAGAAAUUAUUUUUUGAGCAAUUGAUUUCGAGCAAUUUACUGUCGAGCAAUUGAUUUCGAGCAAUUUACCUAGAUUCUUUGUUAAUGAUGUGUGGUGUUGUGUAGACUGCAAGUGAAGAAAUUAAUAUAUUGUAACGACCCUCUUCCUGUUCUCUUCUUUCCUCAAGUGCUGUGUUUCCAUCUCCUUCAGUCUCCCACCACACGUUUCUUUCCUCAAGUGUUGUGUUUCCAUCUCCUUCAGUCUCCCACCACACGUUUCUUUCCUCAAGUGUUGUGUUUCCAUCUCCUUCAGUCUCCCACCACACGUUUCUUUCCUCAAGUGUUGUGUUUCCAUCUCCUUCAGUCUCCCACCACACGUUUCUUUCCUCAAGUGUUGUGUUUCCAUCUCCUUCAGUCUCCCACCACACGUUUCUUUCCUCAAGUGUUGUGUUUCCAUCUCCUUCAGUCUCCCACCACACGUCAGGUUUUCUAACUGGACAGUCGGGCUUUUCCACCUUACUACAAAGUAAAACAAAACAAGACAUUGCUUGGGGGUGGAGCAUGAUACAAGAUGUGCAUUAUCCUCAACUGUCCCCCAAGCUGAUAGUGUUGUAGUUAAGAAGCAAGCACAACCAUCACAUUAGCUGCAACACUGAUGUAGUGUUUACAUGGCACAUUAGAGAACUAUUGUUUACAUUUCUGUUAUGACUGUAAAAGUGUAAUUUGAGUCUUGAUUACAAAGCCCAUGAUUUAUUGACAGUAAAUGCAGACCACUGCUUCAUUUUGUGAUUGAAAAAGCAGCAGAACAAAUAGAGUGUUUUGAAUAAGCUUUAUAAUGGUUUUGUCACCGUCACCACACAGUUGUGAAGGGCAGUGGGCCAUGAGUAUUGAGGGAUGCCAAAAGUGGGCCAGGGGCACAAAAAGGGUGAAAGCCACUGGUGCAGUAAUGCUGUGCACCCUGUACAGAGAAGAGGAGGACAGUACUGGAGCACACUUGUUUGAAAAUACAUAUAUUGAAGAAACAAAGAGAACAAUACACAAAUUUUGGUUAACAAGAGAAAAGAAAGCAGAAGGAACAGGUGAGGGAGUGCUGCCCGAAAGGCUGCACAGCAUGCAGCCAACACACCAAGCUUGACACAGACAGAAGUGAAGCAUCUGCUCACAGCAGAAAGCAGUGUGUACAGACAAGUGUUAGGAGCACCUGUGUGUCCAAACCUGCUCCUUGAGAGGGGGAGUGGGAGUAUCCACUAUGAAGGGGAGAACUAUAGAAGGAAGGUUGGUGUACCUGAAAUCACUAAUACAAAGCCAGAACAAGCAAUGUAAAUAACAACAGGAGACGCUUCCAAAACGAAGACACUCAAUGGGCCUUGUGUGGGACAGCAGUUGUGCAAGAAGACAGUAAGGCUCUCGUGUGUUUGUGUUUGUGUGUGCUGCAGAACCCUGGGACAUAAAAGUUGAUGCUGGUAAGACCAAAGUUAUGAGUGCUGGUGGUCAGCUGUGCAACUCUUUCCACAUGGGUGCACACUGUUGCUGCCGAAUUAGAGGCAAACCACUCCAUACGAGCUGCUGUGUUGUUGAUGUUGGCAUUACAGCGGACCCUUCCCUGAGAUUCCACGAUGAUGUGCGUUGUGUUGUUCAAAGGCUGCCGGUCUGGCCAACACACCAACUCUCCCCUCACUUUUUGGUCACCUUUUUGUUACUCAUGUAGCAGACCUGUUCACCCCAGCCCUUCUGUCAGUACUGUUCACCCCAGCCCUUCUGUCAGCACUGUUCACCCCAGCCCUUCUGUCAGUACUGUUCACCCCAGCCCUUCUGUCAGUACUGUUCACCACAGCCCUUCUGUCAGUACUGUUCACCCCAGCCCUUCUGUCAGUACUGUUCACCACAGCCCUUCUGUCAGUACUGUUCACCCCAGCCCUUCUGUCAGUACUGUUCACCCCAGCCCUUCUCUCAGUAACAGAGGCAGUCAAUACAAAAUGCAGGAUGGCACCCAAUGAUAUGGCAGAAAAACAGUCAAGGACUUUAAGUCUUAAAGAGAACAGACUUCCUGCUUUGGAGUGGCUAGGAAGCUCACCAGACCUGAAUCUGACAGAGAAUGUAUGGGCACACAUUAAGGAGCAGGUGGGUGCCAUCCUGACCCCAUCAGUUUCAUGCCUGCAGGAGGCCCUCACAUGGGUCUGAAGGAACACAAACCAAGACUACUUCAAAAACCUGGCUACCAGCAUGCACCAGUGCUUUCAGGAUGUCACAAGACUCAGAGAUGUUACUAAAUAUUAAAAGAAAUAAAUGCAUUAUUCAUAA